AUGGCUCUAAGCGAAACAAGAAUAUUCGAUACGCAAAUGGUCACCAUCACCAUUCGAGUGCAAGCCUUUCGAUUGGUUGCAGUUUUAAUUGUUAGUGUAUUCAUUCUGGUACUAUAUCUUCUUCGUCAACCUACGCAUUCUAUUGAUAGUGAUGUGAAUAUAGAAACAGCACCGGAAUUAAAUGCAGAUGCAUCAGGAAGUCGUUGGUCGAUAGGACGUGCACAGUUGUGGUACGCCUCUCAGCCAUGGUUACUGGGUGCAAAUUAUUUACCGUCGACAUCUGUAAAUGUCCUUGAAAUGUGGCAAGAUCAAUUUGAUGAAAUAACAAUACAACGUGAACUUCAAUGGGCGAGUUAUCGAUUACGAAUGAAUACCUUACGAGUUUUUCUUCAUGUACUUGUAUGGAUGGAAGAUUCAAUCCAAUUUUUUAAACGCCUAGAUACAUUUCUUGAUAUUGCACAGAAAAAUAAUUUAAAAAUUAUGCUUGUUUUAUUCGAUGAGUGUUGGAAUGCUGAUCCACAUUUAGGCGAACAACCAGAACCUAUACCAGGUGUACAUAAUUCACAAUGGGUUCGAUGUCCUGGUCAAUCCAUGGUGCUAAAUAAAACAAGUUGGCCUAUACUUCAAGAAUAUACAAAACAGGUUAUUUAUCGCUACAGAUCAGAUGAGCGUAUUUUUGCAUGGGAUCUAUAUAAUGAACCUGAAUGUAGUAAGCAAGUUCAUAUUGUGUUACCUUUAUUACGCUAUAUAUACAGUGCUGCCAGGUCUGUUAGUAAUGUUCAACAACCUAUGACUAUUGGUAUAGCUACAUGGCCAUUAUCAACACCAUUAGCUUUGUUUGAACUAUCUGUAUCAGAUAUACUAACGUUUCAUUCAUACAGUACAUUAGUAAAUCUUAUGCAAAAUAUAACUGAUCUACGUCAAAUGGAACCAGGUCGACCUAUACUUUGUACGGAAUGGCUUGCACGUCCGUUUGGAUCAACUCUAUUUACACAUUUGGAGUAUUUUCAAAGUGAGAAAAUCGGUGCAAUACAGUGGGGACUCGUAGCUGGUCGAUCUCAAACAUACUAUCAAUGGCGCUCACCAGCAAAUGCACCGAUGCCAAAAAUAUGGUUUCAUGAUGUUUUAUAUUCGAAUGGAACAGCAUUUAGCAAAUUAGAAGAAAGAUUUUAUUUUGAAUUGAACCAUUGA